AUGACGACACAAGGCAAGCUGAGGCUGCUCUACUCAUACCGGACCGUCUUCACAUGCUUCGCCGCGUGGCUGACGGAGGAGGAGCUCAAGGAGGUCCCCACCAAGCCAGGCUUCAUCCUCUCCUUCGACAACAAAAUCUACCGCGAGCAGACGACGCACACGCCUGUGUUCCACGGCCUACCGAACCACAUGGGCGAGUCGCCCAACAAAUGGCCCGGCAACGGCGGCCAAGGGGUGAUCAUCGGUGUCAUCGAUCAUGGCAUAGAUGACACCCACCCGUCGUUGGAGGACGCUGGGUUCAUGGACAUGCCGCCGCCGUUCUGGAAGAGGUCGUGCCAUCCGACCAUGAAGUGCAACAAGAAUUUGAUUGGGGAGAAGAACAUGUACGUCCCCUACGAUGACCUCAUCACCCUGGCCUGCGACACGGAGCACAGCCACGACACGCACGUGGCCACCACCGAUGUCGGUAACUUCGUCACCAAAAAAUCUGGAGAUUGCCCCGAGGUAGCAGUGCUAAGGGCCUUCGACGAGGCGGUGGCGGACGUCGUGCACGUGAUAUCGUUGUCCCUCGCUGCCAGUAACAUUCCCACAUACGGCCAGAGCUCCAUCGGCAUCAGCAGCUUCAAUGCCAUGCAGCAAGGCGUCCAUGUCGUUGUCUGCGCCGACAACCGCGGCCCGGCUGCAUCCUCCGUCCUCAACGCCGACCCAUGGUUGCUCACGGUGGGCACCGACACGGUGGACCGGUACUUCCCGUCCACCGUGUACCUCUUUGGCCCAGCAAAUGACACUCACGAUCCCGCCGUGGGUGAGGGUCUUGUCGAUAGGAUGAAGCUCCUGACGUUGCCGCCACCGACUUUCAAGCCUCUGCUGUACCGUACCGAGGACCAUCGCGGGUACUGUGCAUAUCCUUUCGAGUUUCGAGAAGAUGAUUGUAGGGCUGGUCCAUAG